AUGGAUCCUCCUGGGUGGUACCGCGGGAGUCAUGAAGACUACUAUGACAAUGUAGAAGUAUUGCCGCAGGUCAAGGUCGAGGAAGGCCAAGAAGAGGAAGGCAUAGAAGUACCGGUAGGGGAGCAGGCAGCGGAAGGAGAGGCUGCCCAGCAACAGCCAGUGCACCAGCCAGUACCGGUAGCGGAUGCACGAGGUGGCGACGAGUUUCCCUUGCCGCAAGUAGCGCCGCAGGUCCAGAAAGUAGUGCAACUUGAAGUGCCACCGGUGGUCCAGCCUGCAGCAGUGACAACGCAACGACUCGAGCUAGUAGCGUUGGCAGAGGAUUUGCACUAUCCCAUGCCGCAAGCGCCCUUUCCUACGAAACUAAACAAGCUGAAGUCAGUAAAGAGAGCCAAAGACCGCGACUUUGAAAAGGGCGAAGUUGAAAUGCCGCACCAUUACCAACUCCAACCCUGUGAUGUGAUUUGCGGGAACAAGAAAGAAACCUUGACCCAUCCGGGCAAUGAGCGGUUUAAGGUCUUGAUGGAACUGCGUCUCCAGCAGUACAAUCGCUGUACCGCGCGCCAGGACAAAUCCGAUAUUGUCAAGGAGAUUAUCAAUGCGGUGCGAGACUACGAUGGGCACUUUUUGCGACAGACAGAUGAGGGACGAUGGGUCGACGUGGGAAACAUAAAGGCAAGGGAAAAGUGUGGCCAUGCCAUUCGGGACACACUUAAGAGGAAUCGACUGAAACUCCUCUUUGGUCAAGAAAGCAAUCGGAGGGGGUCCACUAUUUCCCACACGUCCGUGUCAACCGUGUCCACCGGCAACUCUUCCACCACUGCCACAGCAUUUGCUCGGCCCCGUGCCUCUUCGUUCAGUCAUCAAGCGAUAAUACGCAGGCGAGGUAUUGAUCCCUAG